CCGGAUAACACGAGCGAGAGUUUUCAUGAUUCGCACUCCAUGGGUACCGGGUAGGCCUGUGAUUUGUUUAAAGUAUGGCAUUUGCGACGCGGAGUCUACGGAUUUUAUGUAAGAUAUACAAUGCGAACGCGGGAACGACGUAUUGCACUCUUCGUCAACCCAUUAAUAGAGUAUCGCUCGUUCGAGUGAUGCAAAAGUGUUGUUACAGUACCGAGACGACAGGACGCCCAAAAAUCACAAGUAAUCUAACAAAUAUACAGUCCUCAAUAAACGAGGGUGAGCCGUUGGGAUAUGAAGCAGCGGCGCACAAGAAGCAGAGCCAGCAAGAGAAGGAAGAUGAGGAGGAGAAGGCAAAUCGAGAACGGUCAAAGAGAAUGAUGAACUAUGGGUUCACGGCAUUUGGUGUAGUCAUGGGUCUCGGGUUUACCUAUUUAGUAUACGAAUUAGGAAGACCUAAUUACGAUGAGCAUGGAAAUCCCAUUGAGGAUGAAUUCUCUCAUUUACCCUUCUUUGAGCAAAUCUACAAAAGGGUCAAGAGAGAGCUCAAUUAUUAUACAAGGUUAGUCCAGGAACCUAGUAGAGAAAAGUUGCUACCUGAUCCACUGAAAUAUCCAUAUAUCCAACCACCAUAUACUCUGGUGUUGGAGAUGACAGACGUUCUCGUACAUCCAGACUGGACAUAUCAAACUGGAUGGAGAUUUAAGAAGCGGCCUGGAGUGGAUCAGUUUUUAGAGGCAGUGGCACCGCCGCAAUUUGAAAUUGUAAUUUAUACGGCUGAGCAGGGGAUGACUGUGUUUCCCAUCUUAGAUGCACUCGAUCCAAAUGGAUACAUAAUGUACCGAUUAGUCAGGGACGCAACGCGCUUUGUCGAUGGACAUCACGUGAAAGAUCUGGGGGCUCUCAAUCGCGAUCUUAGUAGAGUUAUUGUUAUUGACUGGAAUAAGGAGAGCGUCAAGUUAAACCCCGAGAAUGCGUUCAGACUUUCACGGUGGGCGGGUAACGACGAUGAUACCGCGUUGUACGACCUGGCUGCGUUCCUAAAAACGAUAUCUACAUCAAACGUUCAAGACGUGCGGGAUGUUCUCAAUUACUAUAGGCAGUUCGAUAAUCCAUUGGAGAUGUUCAAAGAGAACCGACGGAAAUUAUUGAUGCAAAUGGAGGAGGAGCAGAAUAAGGCGCAACAGGAGAGUAACAAAGUGCUCACCUCGAAAUGGAAAUCGUCCUUCCUGCGGAGUCGUUGAACGCAGCGGAUCGCUUGCACGGAAAUUCAGAUUGCGUAUAUAUCUCUCACGUGCGCAAUAUUUAAAUAUUGGAACAUUCUUUGUCACGAAGGGAUAUUAUGCAUAAUGUGAUUAUUGUUAUCACAAUUUUUAUUAAAGUAAAUAAAAUGACGUUUCAAAUC